UUCUCCUCCUCCACGCUCUGGCGCAUCCGGAACCUGGGGCCAUAGUCUGAGUUUCUGGCCGGCGGAAGCGCUCGACAACUCUUGAGUUACGGAAGCGCUCACGGAGGGUCGGGACUCUGCCGCGCCAGCUAUGGCGCCGCCCGCCGGCGGGGCCGCCCCGGCUGCAGAACCUAGUUCUGCGGUGCUCCUGGCAGUGCAAGCCGCGGUGAGACCUCUGGGCGCCGGGCACGACGCCGAGGCGCAGCUACGGAGGCUGCAGUUGAGCGCCGACCCUGAGCGGCCUGGGCGCUUCCGGCUGGGGCUGUUGGGCACCGGGCCAGGGGCGGUCACUUUUGAAUGGCCCUUGGAGUCUGUUUGCUAUACAGUCCGUGGACCUCACCAACACGAGCUGCAGCCUCCACCGGGAGGGCCUGGAACCUUCAGUGUGCACUUCCUCAACCCUCAAGAAGCACAGCAGUGGGCAGCACUGGUGCGAGAUGCCGCCGCGGAGGGACACAAUGGCAAUGGCAGCCCAGCCCCAAGCCCAGAAAUGUGCCCCAUUUCUCCACCAUGUUCUUCUGUGGCUCAAAUACCUAAAGCAUCCCAACCUGAGGUGGAUCUUCCUCCAAGUUCUGGAAAUUUAAAACAAGAAGAGCUGGCUACACGCCUGUCCCAGGCCAUUGCAGAUGGGGAUGAGAAAGAAGCAGCCCAUGUGGCAGCCAUCUUGGCACAGCAUCAUGUGGCUCUCAAUGUCCAGCUCAUGGAGGCCUGGUUCCCACCAGGUCCUAUCAGGCUGCAAGUCACAGUUGAAGAUGCCACAUCCAUGUUGUCCGCUGCAUCAUCUGCCCAUGUCUCGCUGCAGAUCCACCCACACUGCUCCAUUGCAGCCCUCCAGGAACAGGUGUUCUCAGAAUUCGGUUUCCCACCAGCUGUGCAGCGCUGGGUCAUUGGGCGGUGCCUAUGUGUACCUGAACGAAGCCUUGCUUCCUAUGGGGUCGCUCAAGAUGGGGACCCUGCUUUUCUCUACUUGCUCUCCGCCCCUCGAGAAGCUUCAGGCCAUGGCCCUCAACACUCCAAGAUGGAUGGGAAAUUAGGAUGCUUGUUUCCUCAGUCACUGGAGCAGCCUCAUACCCUCCAGCCGGCCAGUUCCAGUCUCCCAACCCCCCCUCAGCCUGGCUGGUCUUGCCCUUCCUGCACCUUCAUCAAUGCCUCAAACCGCCCUGGCUGUGAGAUGUGUAGCACCCAAAGGCCCUGUGCUUGGGAUCCCCUUACUACAGCCUCCACCUAGAAGCCACCAAAGGUUAGAGGGAACAUGGCCCUCCCGUCACAGGCCCAAGUCCCUGGAUCACCACCACUUGAACUUCGCAGGGGACCUCUGCUUGUUGGGGACAGAGAUGCAGUAUUAGUGAACAAGGGCCACAAGCCAGUAAUUAAAGACAUAUGAGAACCA